UAAAAAACUAAUACAGCGGUUGGUAGAAAACCAAACAUCCACCCUCUCUCUAGCUAGGUCUCCCUUCUCUUUGAUGUUCUUCAUUUAUUUCUUAUACAAAGCUUUCCAUCCUCUUCAUCAUUUUCUUUUUCUUGUAUCUUUUUCUUCUUCCUUCUCGUUUGGAAAGCCAUUACCACUAUGAAAAACCAUAACUCAAACAAAGUAUCUUACAUUUUAGUAGCCGAUAGAAUAUCCAUUCUCUUCAAACCUCUGCGAAAACUCACAAAUAGUUCAAUGAUCCUCAAUAUGUUAUUCAGAGUUAGACCUCAAAAAUCAAGAUAUUUCCUUCUAUUCCUAGCAAUAUGCACUAGCUUUAGUGUGUUCAUGAUAAGUUAUCCAAUUGUUUCUUGUAUUUCUGAUCAUAAGCACUCACUUAUUCAUAUCAACCGAAAAUUCAAUCAACGUGAUACAUUUAUCAACUUAAGCACCGGCACCACCGAAGAAAUAUGGAAGCAACCGGAUGGGUUGGGAUAUCGUCCAUGUUUAAACUUUAGUCAAAAUUACUCUAGCAGUAGUAUUAGCAGCGGGAUAAAGAAUCGUUUCUUAAUGGUUGUUGUUUCGGGAGGAUUGAAUCAACAAAAGAAUCAGAUUAUCGAUGCUGUUGUUAUUGCUAGAAUUCUUCAAGCAACAUUGAUCGUUCCUAUAUUUCAUGUCAAUGCGGUUUGGGGCGACGAAAGUGAAUUUUCUGAUAUAUUUGAUGAAAGAAACUUUAAGGAAACACUUAAAGAAGACGUGCAUAUACUUUCGUCAUUACCGUCUACUUACAUUUCCAAGCGACCAGUUCGAGCUCCAAUACCAUCAAAUGUGAGUGAAGAUAUGGUCCGAACUCUAUUAACGAAAGAGUUUAAUAAACAUACAGUAUUGCUUAUCCGUCGCUUCGACUCAAAACUAUCUAAAAUCCUCAAUCCGGAUUUACAGAAGCUUCGUUGCAAGGUAGCAUUUCAUGCACUGAAGUUCAAACCAUGGAUUGAAAACUUGGGAAAGAAGCUUGCAAUGAGGAUGUCAGCGGGACAUCCAUAUAUCGCAUUGCACCUCCGUCUAGAGAAGGAUGUAUGGGUAAGGACUGGUUGCCUUCCGGGGUUAGGGAAGGAUGCAGAUGAAAUGAUCGUAUCAGAACGAGUGUCGCACCCAGAACUCCUUACAGGUCGUUCCAAUAAUAUCACUUUCAGAGAGCGGUACAUGGCUGGUCUUUGUCCCCUCAAUGCCGUUGAAACAACUAGGUUACUGAAGGCUUUUGGUGCAUCUAGCAACACAAGGAUCUAUUGGGCUGGAGGAACUCCCUUUGGAGGGGAAAACGCCCUUGAACCAAUCCGGAAGCAAUUUCCUCACUUCACGAACAAAUGGGCACUUGCAGAUGGAGACGAGCUCCAACACUUCAGAAACAAAUCAUCGAUUCUAGCUGCUUUGGAUUACAUUGUUUGCAUCAAUAGCGAUGCCUUCAUGGCUAACCAUGGUGGCAACAUGGCUAGAACAAUUCAGGGACAUAGGGCGUAUUUCGGACAUAAGAAAUACAUAACACCAAAUAAGAAGAAGCUAGUUCGGUUGUUCAUGGACAAUAAUAACAAUCAAAUGAAUGAGAAGGAGAUUGAUGAUAGAAUAAAGAAAAUGCAUAUGGAUUCCAUGGGAUCUCCAGUUCUAAUCAAAACAAGCAAGUCUCAUAUGGAUGUGACGGCUUAUCCUGCACCAGCUUGCAUGUGUUCAUCUAGCGUAUCACGAACAUCCAUAUAAUUCUUUCUUUGAUUUGUAUCAACAAUUUUUUUGUAUAGGAUUAACGCAAUAAUCAGCGAGUUGAAUUGGGUUUCCAAAUAAGAGUUGGCUCAAUAACAAUCUCACAGAGGUAUACUUAGUAUAGAGAUAAGCGAGUGCAAGGGGUUUACAUUUUUUGUUGCAACUUGAUCCUGCUAUAUGAUAUGUAUAUCAAGGCAUGUUUA